GCCACCUUGAUUUUAAUGGCAAGAAAGGAAAGACAAAAGCUAACUAACAGCAUUAUAGAGCCUGUGGAGGCAACAGAUGAUGCCUUCUGGGACCAGUUUUGGGCAGACACAGCCACUUCGGUGCAGGAUGUCUUUGCCCUUGUACCAGCUGCUGAAAUCCGAGCAGUGAGGGAAGAAUCACCUUCAAACUUGGCUACCCUGUGCUAUAAGGCUGUGGAGAAGCUGGUUCAGGGAGCGGAGAGUGGCUGCCACGCAGAAAAGGAGAGGCAAAUCGUUUUGAACUGCAGUCGGCUGCUCACCCGCAUCCUGCCAUACAUCUUUGAAGAUCCUGACUGGAGAGGCUUCUUCUGGUCGACUGUUCCUGGGGCUGGACGAGGAGGGGGGGAUGAAGACGAUGAAAAUGCCCGGCCACUUGCUGAAUCAUUGCUGCUGGCAAUUGCAGACCUGCUUUUCUGUCCAGAUUUCACCGUCCAGAGUCACCGGAAGAGCACUGUGGAUACUGCAGAGGAUAUUCACUCCAUUGACAGCUGUGAGUACAUUUGGGAGGCUGGUGUGGGCUUUGCUCACUCCCCCCAGCCCAACUACAUCCAUGACUUAAACAGGACAGAGCUGCUAAAACUCCUGCUGACCUGCUUCUCUGAGGCCAUGUACUUGCCACCCUCUUCAGACAACAGCAACACCAACCCCUGGGUGCAGUUCUUUUGCUCCACAGAAAACAGACACGCGCUGCCGCUCUUCACUUCGCUCCUGAAUGUCGUCUGUGCCUAUGACCCGGUGGGCUAUGGGAUCCCUUACAACCACCUGCUCUUCUCCGACUAUCGUGAGCCCCUGGUGGAGGAGGCAGCCCAGGUGCUGAUAGUUACUCUGGACUAUGACAGCUCUACCAGUUCAAGUCCCACGGUGGAUGGCACCACUACCAGCACUGCUAUGGAUGAUGCAGAUCCUCCAGGACCGGACAACCUAUUUGUGAACUAUUUGUCUAGGAUACACAGAGAAGAGCAGGAUUUCCAGUUCAUUCUCAAAGGACUUGCUCGUUUAUUAUCAAACCCCCUGGUCCAGACGUACCUGCCCAACUCUGCCAAGAAGAUCCAGUUCCAUCAGGAGCUUCUUGUUCUGUUUUGGAAACUCUGCGACUUCAACAAGAAAUUCCUCUUCUUUGUGCUGAAGAGCAGCGAUGUCCUGGACAUCCUGGUCCCAAUCCUCUAUUUCCUAAAUGAUGCCCGAGCUGAUCAGUCACGAGUGGGGCUGAUGCACAUCGGUGUAUUCAUCCUGCUUCUGCUCAGCGGGGAGCGUAACUUUGGGGUUCGACUGAACAAGCCAUAUUCCGUGAGAGUGCCCAUGGAUAUCCCCGUCUUCACGGGGACGCACGCCGACCUUCUCAUCAUAGUCUUUCACAAGAUCAUCACCAGUGGGCACCAGCGGCUGCAGCCCCUCUUUGACUGCCUGCUCACCAUCAUUGUGAAUGUGUCUCCGUAUCUGAAAUCUCUUUCCAUGGUUGCUGCCAACAAGCUGCUGCACCUCUUGGAGGCCUUUUCCACCACUUGGUUUCUCUUCUCUGCUGUCCAGAACCACCAUCUUGUCUUCUUCCUGCUGGAGGUUUUCAACAACAUUAUCCAGUACCAGUUUGAUGGGAAUUCCAACUUGGUGUAUGCCAUCAUCCGCAAGCGGAACGUAUUUCACCAGCUGGCCAACUUGCCCACAGACUCGCAGACCAUCCAGAAAGCCCUGCAGCGCAAGAAGAAAACUCCUGAGCCCAUUUCUCGCACCAACUCCGAGGAAGGGGUCUCCAUGGAGGGCUCGCGGCCUGCUGCUCCUGCCGAACCAGGGACACUGAAAACUAGUCUGGUGGCAACUCCAGGCAUUGACAAGCUCACGGAGAAAUCGCAGGUGUCGGAAGAUGGGACCAUGCGGUCCCUGGAGCCAGAGUCUUCACCGUCCCCAUUAGAAGGCAGCCCACCAUCAGCGGUUAGUGACACAGAGUCCUGGAGCGGGGAGACAUCACAGCCCAAGCAGGAGCGAAGGCGGCUGUCCAGUGCAUCCUCAACCGGGCAGUGGUCCCCAACUUCUGACUGGGUGAUCUCUUGGAAGUCAAAGCUGCCUCUCCAGACAAUCAUGAGACUCUUGCAGGUGCUGGUCCCUCAAGUGGAAAAGAUCUGCAUUGAUAAGGGCCUCACGGAUGAAUCCGAGAUCCUCAAGUUCUUGCAGCAUGGCACGCUGGUGGGACUGUUACCUGUCCCUCACCCCAUCCUGAUCCGCAAAUACCAAGCUAACUCGGGCACUGCCAUGUGGUUUCGGACCUACAUGUGGGGAGUUAUUUAUCUGAGGAAUGUGGAUCCCCCGGUCUGGUAUGACACAGACGUGAAGCUCUUUGAAAUUCAGCGAGUCUGAGAGCACAGGGAAGAGGGCACUUACCUCUACUAAAGGAAAACACUGGAAACAAGACCUUGCUGUGUGCUGCUUCAUUACAGCUAUUCCCGCAUUUCACAGCCAGCUGCGAGACCAAAAGGACAAUCAUUUCCAUUUCCCUACAUAUCAUUUUAAGCUUUAAGGAGGACCUGUGAGCAGAUCCUUAUCCCCUUGCUCACUCCUUCCCCCUCCUUUCCUAGCAACCUUGAGUGAGAGAUGCCUAAGGACUGUCCCUUGUGUUGUUGCACUAGAAAUCAGACCAUUCAUAGCUUUUCUGUCCUCUCACUCCUGGCUUUGGUUUGGAGACCAGUCUGAGCCAUAUCAGCCACAGCUUAAGAGUUUCUCCACUUGGUCAUGUCCCAGCCAGAUUCAGCAUAUAAUCAAAAAGAUUCAAUAGAAAGAGUUAAACUGAGUCAUGGAGGGAAACUGCUACUACUGCAGGAGGGGA